AUGGACACACAUCUCAGACGGAUUCUCCUCUCCGCUGUUUUACUUAUUUUUGCUGUUGUAGCUCUUUUACUGCUCACUGUAUCAGUGCAGAAGAUCCAGGAACCUCAACAGCACAUGUAUGGGAUUGUUCUGGAUGCUGGUUCGUCCCACACCACCAUGUACGUGUACAAAUGGCCAGCUGACAGACAAAACGGCACAGGCGUGGUCACCCAGCACAGCGAGUGCACUGCUAAAGGAGGAGGCAUUUCUAGUUACGCUGGUCAGCCGGGUGCUGCAGGCCGCAGCCUGGAAGCAUGUCUGAAACAAGCAGUGCAGGACAUUCCCCCGGAACGGCAUCAUCUCACACCGGUGUACCUAGGAGCUACAGCUGGAAUGAGACUUUUAAAUCUCUCCAGCCCUGAGAUGUCAAGCCAAGUCCUUCAGGAAGUGGGACAAACAAUCAAAUCUUUCCCCUUUAACUACAAAGGUGCGACUAUAUUGAGUGGUAAUGAGGAAGGAGCUUACGGAUGGGUCACUGUGAACUACCUGCUGGAAAACUUCAUCAAGUAUGGCUUCGUAGGCCGGUGGAUGAACCCAGGCAGACAGACUGUCGGUGCACUGGACUUAGGAGGAGCGUCAACUCAGAUCACGUUUGUGACCCAGGAGGAGGUGCAGGAUUCUAGAGACCACAUGACGUUGCGUCUGUAUGGGCAGGAAUAUUCUCUGUACACACAUAGCUACCUGUGCUACGGGGCAGUCGAGGUCCUGCGCAGGCUCCUGGCCCAUCUGCUUACGGCACAGCAUAGCACGACCACAGUGUAUCAUCCAUGCUUCCCGUCGGAUCACAAUGAGACCCUGAAGUUACAACAAGUAUUCGAGUCACCCUGCACCAAAUCACAGAGACCCUCAUCGUAUGAACCUCAGGCAUCGGUGACUAUACAGGGCACGGGAAACUACCAGCACUGCAUGGGGAACAUGUCCGAGAUCUUUUCCUUCCAGGAAUGCUUGUAUUCCAAGUGCUCUUUCGACAGCGUGUUUCAGCCAAAUGUUACUGGAAGCUUCAUGGCUUUUUCUGCCUUUUUCUUUACUCAUGAUUUUCUACAGAAGAGCACAGGACUCAGCAUUAGCACCCCUGAUCAUCUCCAAAAUGCCGCUCAGGCUGUGUGUAACAUGACCAUUAUGAAGAUGAUUGAGAAAGUUUCAGGCGUUAAGAAGUCGUUCCUGAGGGACUACUGUGCACUGACCGUGUACAUACAGAUUCUGAUGCUAAGGGGCUAUGGCUUUAACGAGGAUUCCUUCCCAAAAGUCUCCUUUCAGAAGAAGGCCGGGGACUCAUCUCUCGGCUGGGCGUUGGGCUUCAUGCUAAACAUGAGCAGCAUGUUGCCGGAGGACAGUGUGAAUUUUAGACGAGCCCUGCAUCCUGGUGCCUGGGUCGUUCUCCUAAUUCUUCUAUCCUUCCUCAUCAGCAUCAUGCUGGCCUUCAUCCUUGUGCAAGUCUGCCGCAGGAAGAGGAGUAAUGCCUAAUAAUAAACAAUAGAGGGCAGAGGAGGGUUACGAGUGCUUCCCUUUCAGAGCUCAUCAGCUGUUCUCAUUAGAUUUUUAAAACUGUACCAUGUUUAUACCUGUACACAGUAACAUUACAAACACUUAUAAUAUCCUAGUCUUAAUAUGUAUUUGUUUAAGACAGAUGAGCAACAGUACAAACAUUAAAAUCUCAGACUUAGUGCUGUUAGUUCUAUAAAAUGUUUUGUCUUUUGUAUAUUUGCCAGCAAGAGUUUCAGAUGAAUAGCUAUUAAUUACCAGGGAUUAAAGCCUGUUGGGUUUAAAAGUUGACCUUAACCUUGUUUUACAUUCCAUUCCAAACCAUGGGCAUUUAUUAUUGACUUGUUUUCAUUUGCAGCUUAAUUCAUUCUUCGGCAAAGGUUUUUCACAAAAUGUUGGCAUGUGUCUGUAAACUGUGCUCAAUCAUUGAUGUGGAACUCUAGAUAUAACAAUUCAUAACUCAAAAGGGGUAUCAAAAAGGGUAUUACUCAAAAUCCUUUGUGCAACAAUAUGUUCAAGGUACAUGGAACUCACCACUCUAUAGCUAGACCAUAGAUAAGCCAAUAGCAUAACCACAAAACAAAACAUCUGCCAUAAAUUAGAAACUGCUGGAACAUGGAUGGCACUGUCCACAGUCAAUCAAUCUUCAUUUCUCCUUGUGUUAUCUAAUAAAUUACCUUUGUGCUCAUCCUCA